UCUAUAUAAGAAGCAGAACUUUUUAUUCAAUUUUGUAGCAGAUGGAAGCAUUGAUCACCAUAACAAGUGUACACCGGGUCAUAAAUCAUGUCUAAGUCCGUCAAAAAUCGACAAUAAUUAUAUAAUAUAUGAACAGGUGUUCUACUGCAUAGAUAAUAAUAAACAGAUUUCGCACUAUUUAAAUUCCGACCCAACAACGGUUCAGCCUUACUCUUUCGAUAAUCCCUGCAGACUGUUUUUGUCUUUGUAUUGGACUUAUGUUGUACAUAAACAAAUAAUAUGUUCUCAAAUAAAAACUAGAAAUGAACGCAGUUUGAAUUGAAAGACACUAAAUUCAAGUACGAGAAUAAUUUUAAUUACUUUUUAUACUAUUUUACAGUGUCACGAUUAAAGUACAGUUGCUACUGUGUUUGUUUGCGUCUCCUAUCAUAAUGUAUAUCCUAAUUUAUCUGUGCUUGGCUGUGCUUCCAUUCAUGUGUCACACCAUUCGGGUAACGUAUAUUCUAGAACAUUUAACAAUUAUUUCUUUAAACAACCGAGACGUCUGUGUCCUUAAUAUUAAUUAUACUUCGCAGCUACACGAAUUGCUGACUCCGGACGAAAUCAUGGGAAUAUUUCACACGGCGCCUGACGCCGUGCCCGAUUACGAAGUGGUACCCGUUCAGCAUUCGAUGAAAGUCAUAAACGAGAAUGGCAGAAAAGUAUUGCAUCUGAAAGCUUUCGACCGCGACAUCAAACUCUCUUUAAGUAACACCGAGGGAUACCUCGCUAGCGUGGAUACACCUUUGUGGACAGUGAAGUCCGAUCAACAAGCCCCAGAAGGAAUCCAGUAUACUUUGAUACCGAACGCCCUGAAAGAUAUCGGAACAACAAUGCAAGACGAAGACGCAGGAGCAUCGAUCUUGUUCAAAAUGCACAACGAUACGCACCCUCUUUUCGACGGAUCUCUUCCUUCGAACUUGGUCAUACGCUCCCUACCAGAACGUGUCAUCAGAGACGUUUUGUAUAGAAAGAACGGAUCGUUCAAACCAUAUUUCAAUAAAAGCGACGUAAACGAUUUAAAAUACACGUACCAUCAUAUUAUUUAUAAAAAGAUUCCGUCUGGGAACAGCGAAGCGUUUAACAUAACAAAUUCAAUACCUAACAAGUAUCCAGUUCCUGAUGUAGUAUAUCCAGAAGUCUUGGUAGUCAUCGACGAUAGUUUAUAUUCAAUGCUAGGUAGAAACAUGGAGCAAGCUAAACGAUAUAUCGUAGCGUUCUGGAACGGAGUGAAUUUGAGAUAUCGCGCAAUAACUGAACCAAAAAUACGAUUAAACAUCGCAGGUAUAAUUGUAGGCAUGGACCCAGGAGCAAUUCCAUAUGUACGACAGGGUCGUUUCGGUUCAAAUUUAUUAGACGCUGAUAAGGCUUUGGAGGGUAUGGCAAGUUAUUUCUACAAGGACAGAAGAGUUCCAUGGAAAAUUUACGACCUAGCACUGACCAUGACGCAUUUAAAUUUGUGUAACAAACUGGACGCACAUUUGUGCGAUACUUCGACGAUAGGAUACUCUUAUGUGGCUGGCGCAUGCAACAGGAAUAGCAUAACAAACACUUCAGAAGCUGCUGGCAUAGUUGAAGACAAUGGCGGUUUCAGUGGUAUUAUAUCAGCAGCUCACGAGCUGGGGCAUUUACUGGGAUCUCAUCACGACGAGAAUCCGAGAGAUCCUGGAAAGUGCUCGCCAGACGACGAUUACAUCAUGUCAACCACUUUAGUAUUGAGCGAGAAAGAAUUCAAAUGGUCCAAUUGUAGCUUAAAUGCACUUCGCAAAUUUAUCAGCGAAGAUAGAGCAAAAUGUGUUUACGACGAACCUCCGAGAGCCACAGCGAUAAGAACCAUUUUACCUGGAAAAUUGAUGACCGUAGACGAGCAAUGCGAAAAAGUAUACGGCGGCGGCGCGUGUAACAAAAACUCGCCUUCCAUCUGCUACGAACUGAUCUGCGAAGCUCCCGGUACCAACGGCGUAUGUGAUGCAAUUGCGGCAGCAACGGAGGGUUCUUCUUGUGGAACUGAUCUCAUAUGCCUCGAUGGACAAUGCGUGUUGGAAGGAGCCGAGUCUAAGCAAGAAAGAAGUUAUCUAUCGGGGAUGAAGUAAACUUAAGCCACGCUUAGAUCACUGAGAAUUCCUCGAAGUAACUCUGACGCAGUCCCUUGGUUCAAAAUCCUAAACAAUCAAGAUACAAAUCGAGUUUGUUAAGAUUCCUCUCUUCGAACGGCAAUAAAUAUAAAUUUCGCGUCACACUUAUCAAUCAAAUUACACGAUAAUAUAAUCUUUGCGUUGCUAACAUGAUUGAUCUUUUUGUCCGACGUGAGUUCCAAGAAUUCACGCGCCUUCUAAGUGUUAUGCUAUUUAUACAAAGCAAAUGCACGCGUUUGAAUCCCAAACUUUGAAAUUUGUACUUAUAUCUACUGAAAGCUCAUAACUAAUCAAAGUAUUAGCAGUUAAACGAAACGGAAAAACUUUUAAGAGUCUCUUUUACGGGAAAGAUUCGUUAUCGACACAUUUAGAAUAAAUCUCCGAGAAGGUUUUGAGAUCAGACUUUAACUUCAUAAAAGUGCAUCGGUAUCCAAUCCUAUCGCAAAUAGCAGUUCGAAAUGGGUUAAACGUCAUCCAUAGAUAAAUAAUACGUCAUCGAUACAAUACAUAUACGAGAAACAUAUACGAUCCUCUUAUCGAUCAACUUCUAGAGGACAUCGUAAUUAUGUAAUACAAGAGACGAGCGGCAUUAUUACGAUAACUGAUGUAAUUGUCACACGUAUCAUUUUCAAGUAAGACGCGUUAUGCGAACUUCUGUAUUUACUUUGCUAACCAAGUCCUUCGUUCCAAAAUUAUUAAUCCAAUUAUCUUUCGCUAGACUCGUUGCACAGCCUCGUAUCUCUCGGUAGUACUUGAGAUUUGAACUUUCAAUAUGUUCUAUGAUAAUGACGAAAUCUCAUUAAAUCUUUAAAUCAAUGAAACGCCAUUAUUUUUAUCUCUAAGUCACUACUGCAGUUUACAACGCUGCUGUUUAUCUUUCACUCGCGGUACAUGGUACUCCUAGAUUGCUAAUCGGUUAAACUUACAAUUAGUUAUCGAGUAAUAUCUAGUGGUAUCCAGAUUUCUGUGAGCAUAGCGAUUAAAGAAGGAAUAAAAGCUGUGAAUAAGUGUA